UAUACUCUUCCGAAGGUCAGGACGAUGUGAAGUUCACCAAGUUUGCCCAGAAGUACAACGAAUCAACAGCUGGAAAAUUACUUGAGCAGAUCAAAAUAUCCACUGUUAUGUUCUAAAAAAUAUCAGAGAUAUCACGAUAGGAUUAACCAUACUAUCUGAAACAGAACAAGAUUGAGUGUGCAGUGCAGAAUACAAAAAUAAGGAUAAAUAUAUUAAAAUAGACGUACGUAAUAGAAGCUUACCACUUUGGGAGCAGAAACGAGGCGAGUGUAAAAAGAAGCAAAAAUUGGCAUCGAAAUGACUACCCGUAGGCAGCUGUCGGAUAUGCAGUCUUCCUCGUCCAGUGGUGGUGGGACAAUGUCAGGUGGCGGAGGUGGUGGUGGUGGUGGAAUAGCAGGUGGUGGAGGAGGCGGUGCAAUGAGCGAUUCAAUGAUGUCUUCCUUAGGCAAAAAGCGAAUGACUGCACUGAAUGGAAUACCGUCUAGUAUGGACGAUAAGAGCAACGACUUUUUAUGUCCAAUUUGUUUCGACGUUAUCAAUGAAGCUCAUAUUACCAAGUGUGGUCACACGUUCUGUCAUCAUUGUAUAAUCAAGUCGAUAGAGAUGACGAAAAAAUGUCCAAAGUGCAACUUUACAUUACCCUCUCAUGAGUCCAUUGUGCCGAACUAUUUGCUCAACGAUUUGAUCACCAAGUUCAAGUUGAAAGGGAAACGAAACGAUUCCAGUAACACACAGUCGGGGGAUUCGGGCGACACUCUUAAGCAUUUUCUGGCUUCCGAAUCCAAGAAGCUUUCGCUGUCCGAUGUGAACGUGAUGCUUGAGAUUCUGAACCAGAGAAAAUUGUUACUCGAAGCCGAAUCCUGCGCUGCACAAAAUCGUUUACUACACGAGUUUCUGAAGCAUUUGCUGCAGCAAAAAGAGCAACAGCAAAUGCAGGUAGCAAAUGAAAUUGCGCUGAUCAAAAACGACAUAACGGACGUGGAGAAAAUUCUUAAAGAGGUACAAAGUAGUUGCCCGACAGUGGAAGAGGUGGAAAACAGUGUCAAGGACGAGAAGGACGAACACGUCGUCGCUAUUAAGAAGGAAAUUAUACAGAUUAUCGAUAAAAUCGAUACCAUCACCGUCCCAUCGAACCGUAGCGAAACUUCCAGUGAAGGAUUUAAUUUGUACAAAAAUGAUCUUAGUUCGUCAUCAUUCAUGGCGCGGAAACAAAGAAUGUAUCAACACUUUGACGAUUUCGUGCAAUGUUAUUUUGCAGCUCGCAGCGAAGAAUUAUACUUCGGUAAGGAUCGCUCAUUCAGUUCUGGGUCGCUUGACACGUCGACACCGUCACGUUCCGUUGACACAACUCGAUCAAGUAAAUCGCUAGACACGUUUCGAGAAAAUCUGAUAAAAUUCUCUAAAUAUAGUGCUCUCCGGCCUUUGGCUACUCUAAACUAUUCCUGUGAAUCCAGCUAUGUGUCAACCAUUGUUUCGAGUAUUGAAUUCGACAAAGACAGUGAAUAUUUCGCUAUUGCCGGUGUCACGAAACGGAUAAAAAUCUUUGACUAUUACAGCGCAAUUCGAGACGCUGCCGUAGAUAUCAACUAUCCUAUCAAUGAAAUGGUUUGUAACAGUAAGAUCUCAUGCGUAAUAUGGAACAAUUACUUUAAGGAAGUGCUAGCUUCCAGUGAUUAUGAAGGCAUCGUUUCAGUGUGGGACGUAAGCACUAAAACGCGAACCAAAGCGUACGAGGAGCACGACAAACGCUGUUGGUGCGUAGACUUUAACGAAGUAGACACACGUUUAUUGGCAUCAGGAUCGGAUGAUGCCAGGGUUAAGUUGUGGUCCUUAAACGUCGAUCAUUCUGUAGCAACGAUUGAGGCACGAGCCAAUGUAUGCUGUGUUAAAUUCAACCCGAAGAGUUCAUGCCAUUUAGCUUUCGGAUCGGCAGACCAUUGCGUCCAUUACUAUGAUCUUCGAAAUAUAAAAGAACCUCUGUGUGUGUUUCGAGGACACAAAAAGGCCGUUUCGUAUGUGAAAUUUUUAAAUACUACCGAAAUUGUGUCGGCUGGCACGGACGGGCAGCUAAAAUUAUGGAAUAUUAACUCUCCUCCCUAUUGUCUACGAUCAUUUACUGGUCAUAUCAACGAGAAAAAUUUUGCGGGACUGGCCACCAACAAUGACUAUUUGGCUUGUGGUAGCGAGGAUAACUCUCUCUGCGUUUACUAUAAAGGACUGUCGAAGCAACUGUUCAACUUAAAAUUCUCUCCGAAUAAUAGCAACAGUCGUUCCAUCUCGGAUACUGAACGAAACACGGAGGGAAACGAUUUCGUUUCUGCGGUAUGCUGGAGAAAGCAAAGCAACAUAAUCAUCGCUGGAAACAGUGAGGGCAUUAUUAAAAUCCUUGAAAUAGUAUAACUUGCUCGAAAAUUAACAGGCAAUAUUGUUAAUUUGUUUUCCAUUUGUUUUCGUACAAUAAUAACGCAAUGUGAACGAAUUUUGAUGAAUCAAUCGAAAAACACAUGAGUGAAAGUCCAAAUGUUUCAAACAAUGUUAGCAACAGUGAUAGACUUACGAUAGGAAUGAAGCGCAUUAUUUUGUUAUACAUUUUUCGAGACUGUAGAAAGAGUAGAAUAUAAUCAAAUUCGAACACUAAGUGUAGUCCCAUUCCCUCACUGUCGAGGUUGAACUGAACUAUGUAAGUAGCGGAACAACCAUAAUUUGAUAAUCGCAAACUGUUUCCGAUGAGCUGCAACGGGUCUUAUUCUGCGAGUCGAGAAUACGACUUCGACGAGCUUCCCAGAAUGAACCCCGAUGAUGACCGGUUUGUUGUAUUAAUAGGGACAAGUUGGUAUAGAUUAAGUUUUACAUGAGUCAAUUAAUGCUUAAGCCAACAAUAAAGAGAUACUAGAAAUGAAAAACCCUAGUUAACACUGAAAUGGAGAGUCCUAUCAUGAUGAAGUGCAAAGACGUGAAUUUAUUUACAGUCCUUGCGUGUAACUCUAGCCAACUACCUAUAGGGAUUUUAGUGUACUAUUUGUUUAGUAUAAUGGACUACUCUUAGGCUAUCCCUAUUUUUCUAACAUGAAACUACUACUGAAUACUGUAAACUCACAGCACUGAAACAAGUAAACGAUCGAUCCAACAAACUAGGACGUUAACCAGGCAUAGUUUGUUUCAAUAAUAUAGUAUAUAUGUAAUGAGAAUCCUACUGCACCUCGUUGAUUUUUAAUCCUUAAUUAAAGUACCUUGUCCGAAUGAAGAAAUGAUGUUUUAAUUAUAUGAAUCGGUAUUUUAAAAUAUAUUUGAAUUUCCAGCUUAUACAAUAUAACAACAU